AGAUGUAUUACAUGUCUGAGCACUUGCAGCUAAGUGUUAACACUCUUAUGCUCAUAAAGCAUGUGUUUGUGUGUUUUCUCGCAGAAGGUGGUGGAUGACGACAGUCACGGGAGGAAGUCCAGUCCUGCACCCUGCCCACCUAACAGCAAGCUGUCUGAUAGCGUCCUGGAGAAAAAGGUACCAUCUAAGGGCAACUUGCAGUCUUCACUGGUGUUCAGUCGACUGUUUCCUGACAUCAAAGAGGAACCAGGACAUGGGCCCAUCAUCCACCCAAGUUACUGCCUGUACACGUACGAUAAGAUGGUGGCCCCUAACGUGUCCCUGCGGAAGGAGGGGGAGGUGAGCCAUGAGGUUCUGGGGGCCCUGCUCAAGCAACACUACAGCAGGAGAACACUGACCCACGACAGCCAGCCCACCACAGAUCUUCCCGCAUCUCCUUCCUCCAUUGCAGAGGAGGCCAAAUCCCACCACGCGGGCGAAGCAAACGAGCGCCGCCAACCUCCUCCGUCAGUCGCCAUGGAGACCAGCCCCGGCAGCAAGCAACACGCCCCCAUUCCCACGGAGGGCAAAGACAGUGGAGCAGAGGACGACAAGGACAGGAUCAUGCUGGAGAUCGUGCAGAUGUACCGGCGGCAGCAACAAAAGCUGAAUUCCACCCUUCAGAAACAGCUGCAGCUGGAGAUGGAGCUGGAGGCAGUGCGCGGGGGUGAGGCAGCCAGGCUGAGGGAGUUGUCUGUGGAGCAGCUGGAGCUGCAGAACGAGCUGGAGGCGGUGCACACUGAGCAUGCUCAGAGACUGGGGGAGGUGCGGCAGGAGCAGAGACAGCUGGAACACCGACUGGAGCAGCUCAGACAGCAGAGCUGCGCCUGCCAACCCAAAGAGCAGGAGGCGCAGUACAACGUGCAGCUGUGCGAUCUUCGCUGCCGCCUGGAGCGUGCCGAGGCGGAGCGGCAGGAACUGCAGGAGGAGCUCUGCAGAGAGCGGGAGGCCAGAGAAAAGCUGGAGCUCAUGAUCUCGCAGCUUCAGCAGCAGAUGGUCCAGUCUGGCACCAAGGGGAGCCGCAGCACUAGCCCUGCCCAGCCCCCGACCCCUUCCGCAAGCCCCCAAUCCCAGCAUUCCCUCUCUUCACCGGCCCCUGAGGUAACCACCAGAUAAACUCGCCCCCCUCUCUCGCACACUUCCACGCCUGUAGCCCAGGAACACGCUCGCCCACUCCCCGCAGAGUAACAGACAAACACAAGACAAACUCUGCAGAAAAGAGCAGCUCUCCCAUAACUGCUUCCGUUUGUGUUGCACCACCACAAAAAAAGACUUAAUGUUUGUGUUCAAUUUAAAAAGACUUUUCGUGUCACCCUGCCCUCGACCAGUCGUUAAGCAUUUUUUGGAUGUACAUGUCUGUUUUAAUUUAUAGUCGUGCUGAGAGGCUGAUGGGACAGUGGAGGUAUUUCUUUGUUGGACUUCUUGCCUCCUGUGGUGUUGGGAAAGCGCUCAAGUGCUUUUCCGGUCCCAGCUCUUUGGAUACAGGAAACUGACACUCAGUAAAAUACUACCUGUGACACGAAGCCCAAGGAUGCCAAACGGCAAGACGCCAAUGCCCUGCAGCAGCAAGAAACCAUGUGGAUGUUUACUUUUUUAUUUUAAUUUUGUGAAUCUUUUUUUUUUUUUUUACAGAAAAAAUGGGAGGUUUUUGUUAACGUCACAAAAAAUAUCAGUAAAAAUAUUACUCUAUAGCAUAUUUAAGUCAUUAUACUUAAUACAAGCGAUUCGGAAACGUAGCCCCCUAACUGAGGCCCCCGAUUUAAGAUCGUAAUCCUCCCCCUCUUCCUCUCCAUCUCCCCUCCAUUUUCUUUCCCUGCCUGCCGUUUGUCUUUUCAGUCUGGUGUUGAUUAUAUGUUUCCUGUCUGCACUGCUGACCCUUUGCAGGCUGGUAUAUGACAAACAGCUCAGUUCAUUCCUGCAUGAUGCAGUAAGCAAAGACUCACAUUCGCCCCCUGCUGGAGAACACUAUGAAACUCGGCCCCCAUUUAACUACAGGCAGUUUUACAAAAAAAGCUUCAGGAUAGUGCAGUCCACCUCACUCUGAAGUUUAUGUUCAGAGCAUAAAAGGAUUCCUGUAGCUCCAAUAAGAACAUACUGGUUGUAGACAUCCAAUCUUUAAACAAAGCACACAGUAGACCUUAUAUUUGUCCUUUUCUUAGCAAAGGAUUCAUUAGUAGUGCAAUUGACGAUGUAAAGCAUUGAAGUACGUCACAAUCUCCCAUAAACCUAAAGCUGAUUUCUUUAUUCAUCUGAGAACUGCUAAUAAAGUACCUAGUUUUUGAAUGCUGGAUUCCAGGUUAAAUGAUUUGGCUGUCACGUAUUGGGUGUUUAGCCUGAAUUUUUUUUUUCAUAUAUCCCUCUUAUUCAUUCCUCCGUGUCAUUAUUCUGGAUGAGUGAACAAACAGGUCUGACAGGGAGAAAAAAACAGACAGGGGGCCAAGGGAGGGAUGUAAAGGAAUUAAUGCUGUCACGUUAGCUCCCAGUCACUGAGGGUUGAAGAGGCACGCUUUGUCUCGGCAGAAUGGGGCAGCUGCCUCUGAUGCCCACUCAUACAUCAGCUGUUAGAUGGAUGAAGAAAGAUGGACACAGGAAGUGAAGCGGUUUUGCCACUAGAGCAGUUUGUUCUUUCUUUCUUUUUUCUUUCCUCUGUUCAGAUUGGUUGUGUAAACAAUAUUGGACGUAAAUCUAGGCUUCUUUCGUGAUGUACAUAUCUCACAUAGAACAUUCCACUGUGCACAACUCAUCGGAUUCACAGUCAGCCAAGCCGCAGCAGUUUUCUAAACCUGAUAAUGUGUACAGUGCAAAACCUCUUGGACGCAAAAGAGGAAAACGUAAAGAAACACCCUGACUUAUGUGAAUACAUCCAGCCAUGAAGAAUCAAAAAAACAAAACUAUAUUGUAAAUGAGUGCUUUGCCAUUUUUGAACUUUUUUCUUGACUUAUUCAGAAAUUAUUUAACGUAUUAACUAAUAAAGAUUUAUAUACACUUUGUACAUACGGUAGUCAUUAAUAUAUUAACUAAAUUCUUAUAAACAAUCUUUCAAGGUUUCUGAUCACAUUUGCAAAAGCUGGGCGUAGGCCAAGCUCUAUUGUUUUUUUUUUUCCUCCUUUUUUUUUGCCUGAAGAGUGGUUGUUGAUAACGUGUGUAAGGUGGUGUAGGGAUGCAUGAUGCUCAGAACCCCUACACUUCAUCCAACGGGGAACGGGAACAGUGACAUAUGCUGUCCAGUGCCUCAGCGUUUCCCUUCAGUGGGUCAUUUCGUCCAUUUCAUUGGAGCCCACUGAGAUUGACAACCUGUUGUUAUUUUGGUGGUGUUCAGCUUUUCCUCUUCCCCAUUUUAUAUAUAUAUAUAUAUAUACAUACAUACAUACACACACACACACACACACACACACACAUAUAAAUAUAUAAAAAAAAUUAAGAAUUUAAAAUUCUUAGAAAGAAGGGAGUGAAAUAAUGCAUGUAUUGUUAGCUACUAUAUUGUUAUGCUAAAACACAGAUUCAUUAUUGCUAAAAUGCAGAAAUGAUUUUUUUCUAUUCUCUCUCACACAUAUAACCUUUCCAAAAACGUUACUCCAUAUUGUCUGAGAAAA